CUCCCUGAGUGCUUCUAGACACCCCAUAUUUGACAAUUUUUUGGUCCUUAUACAGAUUUUUCUUUCUGUAUGUGGGGUAGGAUGGUGUGCUGACACAGAGCUGCCUCCCUUCUGUUUUUAGAGCAGUGAAAAGCUCCUGUCCCACAUCAGCUCGCCCCCUCUGUCCUGGGCAGUUACCCAUAAGUGUCGUGCCGAGCUGUGGCUCCUGGGGUGGGUAAUGCCAGCUCCGCCAUGUGGUGCAUGGGCACUGACCCGUGCUAACAGGCUGGGUCCUUCCCCUCCUACCUGGACAGGCAGACCCAGCCCCCACCCUGCCCCAUCGGCCUCGAUGCCCCGGGGCUCUGCAGAAGUCGGGAUUUUUCCCUCCGUGCCCUGCCCCUGUUCUGAGACCCAAUGGUAGUUGCAGUUGAUCAAGCUGGUUUGUUGGGAUGUGGUUUCCAGCUCACAUUCCUACUCCCUACAGCUUUGUCGAGCUGUUCCUGCUGCUCGUGUGCACGCGGGACCGGCAGCUGCCCUCUCUGUAGGGCUGCGGGCACAGCAGGCAGAUGCUGGGCUGGCGGCCAGCGCCGAGCUUAGGGCUGUGCUGCGCUUUGCAAGGGGUACGAGGGAUCCUUUGCUCACAGCAGCUACAGGAGGGUCAGCUGCAGUUUUCUAGGCCCUCCCCUACCAUUUAGGCCACAAAUCUGUUCUCACGCUCCUGCUGAAAUUGCAUUUUCUCCUUCUAUUUAAAAUUUCCCAAUUUCCUUUUAACUAGGAAACACAGAUUUAAAGUUUGUUCCAUGUGGUUUUAGGAUGAGUUUUGAGUACUUAGGUAAAAAUGGGGGAUUGCAAAAAACAGAACAGGGAAAAGGCAGAUGAAACCAGAGUGUCACUGCUAUCACUGGAAGGGGAGGUACGCAUUACAAGUUUUGUUCACAUCAGAAAAGGGAAGAAAAUGAGCGUGGUGGUGGUUGCUGGGCGUGGAUCCUCUUCCGUGGAGCUGUGGCGCUGACCUUGAUGGCAGCCCUAGGGCUCAGGCCCAAGGCGCUGCUCAGCCUUCCAGGAUGGCCAGAGGUUCAGCUCUGAAAUGGCCUUUACACAAGCUGGAAAGCCGCGUGGGGCUGAGGGGAGGGCGUUACACCGUGCGCUCCCGCCGGGAUGGGCAGCACGUGCCAAGCGCCGACCCCUCUGCCGGAGCCGUGCUGGUGCUGGCCCUCGAGCACUCUCAGCCAGCUCUUUGCCAUCUUGUCCCACAUUUAUUUGCUCUUGUGCCACUCCUGUUGCUCCGAGACUCUGUCUCAUGACUCUUCUUUGUGGAACGACCUGAACUGUGCAGCACUGCUCCAGUUCUGUGAUGUGCAAAUGUCUCGGAGCCUGGGCUCUUCCUCGUGCUUUCCAGCUCGCAGGACACAUGGUGAUGAGCACAAACACAGUGCUUGGGCUGCCAGGCACUUCGGUUAAUUAGGUUGUGCUUGCCCUGGGAAGCAAACCUGUUCUUCUGCACAGGGACAAGGGGUCCCCUCUUAUCCCUUGCAGAGGGGGAGGGUCCCAGAGGCUGGUGUCUGCCACAGUGUGGUGUUGCCUGGGUCGGACAAACAGACAGUCAUACAGCCAUAGAUCAAUGUAUGUGUCGUGCAGUCAUGCUGUCAUGCUGCCACAGAGCGGGGUGAAAAACUCCCUGGUGGCCCAUGACAUGGCAUUUGAGAUGGUGCGGGCUCCCUGGAGCCCGGAGCAGCAGAUAGAGCGGCCACGACUCACCAAGAAAGUCCUGGACACAGAGGACCAGGCUGCCUUCCGGCUCCAGUCAAAGAUGCCCAGAUACAUCUACUUUGCAGCCAACAGCAAAAACAAGUGGGGCCACCAGCGUGGUUACAGGAUCCAGGUCACCAGUUUUGCGGGGGAUCAUGUCCCCGAAGCCAGCUCCAUGGAGAGGGCCAUCAGCUGGGCAAGGUACCAGCUGGCCGUCACCAGGCGGAAGGAGGAGGAGCCCACCAGCACCAGCAUCUACAACCAGAACGACCCCUGGACGCCCACCGUCGCCUUCGCCAACUUCAUCAACAACGAAACUAUCACCAACGAGGACCUGGUUGCCUGGAUAACCGCUGGUUUCCUUCACAUCCCGCACUCUGAGGAUAUUCCCAACACUGUGACGGUGGGAAACUCGGUCGGCUUUCUUCUGAGACCCUACAACUACUAUGACCUGGACCCCUCCAUAUACUCGCACGAUGGCGUGUUUUUCACCAGUGAGCAGGACUUCACAGCGUGUGAAAUCAACCCCAUUGCAUGCCUGCCCAAAACCGCCUCUUGUUUGCCAAACUUCCCCCCCUUCACCUACGAUGGUUUCCAAAACAGGAGCAGGCUUUAACACACUACAGGACGGUGUCAGGAGACGCAGUCAGAGACACCAGGUUGACUGUUCUCUCUCAGAUUUUCAGUUUUUUAGUGAAGUUGUCUCUCUAUUUCCAGUUGUGCAAUGACUUCGCUUUUUAUCAUUGCUUUUAAUAUAGUGCUCUUUAAAAAGGAAGCAUAAUCUUCCUGGCAUGAUGCCAGACAGGAGUCUACCUUACCUCUGUUAAUUGCUGAAUUUGAGUCUGUUGCAGGAGGAAAGUGAGGAGAAAAUCCUGUUCCUCUGCUGUAGAAGCAAGUGCUGUGUAGUGCCUAUCUCAGGUUAAAAAAAAUGAAAAUUAUUCUUGUCCAGUG